GGGGGCGGGGCUGCGUGGAGGGCAAGACGGGGGCGGGGCCGGGGCCAGAGCAGAACUCCGGGCCUCCGCGGCCAUCGCUGACUGUGCCGUCCCUUCCCCGCACCCGCUCCACGCCCUCCUGGGCCGAGUGGAGUUGGGUGGUGUCAGGAGCCUCUCCCUGAGGGGCACCGCGGCUUCAGGAGCUGGGCCUCCAGUGCGGCGCGAUGUCAGGCGCGGUGACAGCUCUGUGAGUCCGAGGCCGCGGCCGUGGCGCUGGGCGGCUGCGGGGCCUGACCGGUCCGCUCAUGGUGCCGCCACGACGCCAUCGCGGGGCAGGAAGGCCAGGUAGGCAGGCAGGGAAGGGCCCCUACAUCACCGGAGCCCAAACCGGGACGGAGUGCCCCCCAACAGCACCACCUCCUGCCCUUGGUGGCAGCAGGAGCGCCUUGACCGAAACCGUGAAGGUCUCUAGGGGCGGAGGGAGCGGGAGCUGACAGGGGCGCCCGAGCCCUGCGCCCACCGCUGGCAAUUGAGGAAGCCGUGCGUGCGCCCUGGCCUCGGCUCCUCGGGGAGGCGUCGGUGCCUUAACCGUCUUCUCCCCUCCAAAACAGAAGGUUAAUUCCUUUUCCCAGCUGUUUCUUCUAAAAUGACUGGAUGUUUUGACAGAGGUGGGUGGAGGAGCGUGGAGAAUCCUUUUCUUUUACCACUUGAAGAGAUUGGAAAGGUGCCUUCAAAACCCACAACAAAUCACUUACUCUCCGUUAACCAAAUUCCACUCCAGGAGAUCAGGGACAGAAAAGACACUUUUAGAAACUGUCUAGACGCUGUCCCCGGGGGCGGAUUCCUCUGGAUGGAGAGGGGUGCUGAGUUCUUCACCUCCUUUUAGACUGAGAUCUGCCAAGUUUUCCGGCAUUGCGCUUGAGGAUCUCAGAAGGGCUCUUAAGACAAGGCUGCAAAUGGUGUGUGUAUUUAUCAUGAACCGAAUGAAUUCCCAGAACAGUGGUUUCACUCAGCGCAGGCGAAUGGCUCUUGGGAUUGUUAUUCUUCUGCUUGUUGAUGUGAUAUGGGUUGCUUCCUCCGAACUUACUUCGUAUGUUUUUACCCAGUACAACAAACCAUUCUUCAGCACCUUUGCAAAAACAUCUAUGUUUGUUUUGUACCUUUUGGGCUUUAUUAUUUGGAAGCCAUGGAGACAACAGUGUACAAGAGGACUUUGCGGAAAGCAUGCUGCUUUUUUUGCAGAUGCUGAAGGUUACUUUGCUGCUUGCACAACAGAUACAACUAUGAAUAGUUCUUUGAGUGAACCUCUGUAUGUUCCUGUGAAAUUCCAUGAUCUUCCAAGUGAAAAACCUGAGAGCACAAACAUUGAUACUGAAAAAACCCCCAAAAAGUCUCGUGUGAGGUUCAGUAAUAUCAUGGAGAUUCGACAGCUUCCCUCAAGCCAUGCAUUGGAAGCAAAGUUGUCUCGCAUGUCAUAUCCUGUGAAAGAACAAGAAUCCAUACUGAAAACUGUGGGGAAACUUACUGCAACUCAAGUAGCGAAAAUUAGCUUUUUUUUUUGCUUUGUGUGGUUUUUGGCAAAUUUGUCAUAUCAAGAAGCACUUUCAGACACACAAGUUGCUAUAGUUAAUAUUUUAUCUUCAACUUCUGGACUUUUUACCUUAAUCCUUGCUGCAGUAUUUCCAAGUAACAGUGGAGAUAGAUUUACCCUUUCUAAACUAUUAGCUGUAAUUUUAAGCAUUGGAGGUGUUGUACUGGUAAACCUGUCAGGGUCUGAAAAAUCUGCUGGAAGAGAUACAAUAGGUUCCAUUUGGUCUCUUGCUGGAGCCAUGCUCUAUGCUGUCUAUAUUGUUAUGAUUAAGAGAAAAGUAGAUAGAGAAGACAAGUUGGAUAUUCCAAUGUUCUUUGGUUUUGUAGGUUUGUUUAAUCUGCUGCUCUUAUGGCCAGGUUUCUUUUUACUUCAUUAUACUGGAUUUGAGGACUUCGAGUUUCCCAAUAAAGUAGUAUUAAUGUGCAUUAUCAUUAAUGGCCUUAUUGGAACAGUACUCUCAGAGUUCCUGUGGUUGUGGGGCUGCUUUCUUACCUCAUCAUUGAUAGGCACACUUGCACUAAGCCUUACAAUACCUCUGUCCAUAAUAGCUGACAUGUGUAUGCAAAAGGUGCAGUUUUCUUGGUUAUUUUUUGCAGGAGCUAUCCCUGUGUUUUUUUCGUUUUUUAUUGUAACUCUCCUAUGCCAUUAUAAUAAUUGGGAUCCUGUGAUGGUGGGAAUCAGAAGAAUAUUUGCUUUUAUAUGCAGAAAACAUCGAAUUCAGAGAGUUCCAGAAGACAGCGAACAGUGUGAGAGUCUCAUUUCUAUGCACAGUGUUUCUCAGGAGGAUGGAGCUAGUUAGCUGUUGCCUGUAGCCCAGCUUGAUAUUGGAACUAUACAGCGAACAGACAAUCUCUGGCAAGUUUUUGUAGAAAAAAUGUCUCAGUGCCUAGUCUGAAAUAUAACAGUUUCAGUUCUUUGAAACUCUAAAAUAUAUUUUUCUCAUACCUGUUUUCUUCAUUUUCAUAAUGAAGCACUUUGCUAUGUAGCUGUGUACAUAUCACUACAGUUAUAGGAAGUUCCAGUCUACAGUCCAUCCAAAGGACCAACCUGCCUUACACAUCUCAAGGAAUUCAGCUGUUGAAAUCAUUUGAACUAAUCAAGGAAUAAAUCCUAAUGUUCUGGGACUUUAUUUUCACAUACUUGUUAAAUGCUGGAAUAUAUUAUGAAAAUGUUUUCAAGAAAUCACUUAAGUGUUCAUAGACCAGUGUUUCUGACAGGUAAAAUGCUAAAAUAAGCUACCUGUAAUAAGUGUGGAUUAUAUUUUUGGGUUUUGUAGAAUAUUGCAAAUUGACCACACAAAAAAUGUUUAAUUUAUGCAACAAGCAUGUUUGUGCAAAUUUCGUGGGACUUUAAAAAUACUAAAUAUUUGAGAAAAUAUCUGGUUCACUUACACUACAUUUACUGUAUUAUUCUUUUAUAGCAUUAGGUGCCUUGUAUUUUAAAUCUGUGACAAACCAUGGCAAAUUUUUAGACGGGAAGUAUUAUAAAAUGAAGAAAUAUGUAUUUCUAAAGGCUAUGUUGCUGGAAACUUAAUUGAUAAAGCUCUGUUUAAUUUAGAGUUGUGAAGAAAUAGUCUCUCUUCAAUUAAGAAAUUUUCAUAAUGGAAUGAUUUAAAUUGAAGUGACAAAGAGUAUUAUUAAAACACAAUGUUUAUAUGUGUAUUUGUGUAUUAUAGAUGUAUCAAGUGAUUUCUAAUUUUUUUCACAUAUGAAUGUGCCAGAUUACUCUAAAACUAGGUGCCUCUUCUUUAAAUAAUUUUAGUUUUCCUCAAUAAAUUUGUAAUGGUUAAAGUACCAAGUAAGGAAGGGAAGAAGGGAUUCUGUUUUUAAAAUCACCUCUGAACUUUUCCUCUACUAAGAUUAAAUUAAAUGUAAAAUACUCCUAAUUGCAAUUCUUAAACUUAGGCCUUACAUGUACUUACUGUGCAACUGCUCUUGGACUCUAUUCACCAUAGAUAUCAGUAAAUGUAUGUCCCAGGAGUCACAGGCUUUUGAUUAAUCAAUAUUCUUUUCAAGUUUUCUGUGAAGAGUUUAGUUCUCUUCAAAAUUUCUUAACUAAUCUGAUUUUUAAGAAUUCUCUUUGCAGUGUUUAGCUUCCUAUUCACAUUCUUAAAAUUGCUUUGGUGUUAGUUACCGUGAGUCUAAAAUGAAGUUUAGCCUUCCUUUUGUUUCAUUCUGAGAACUUCUAUAUUAUAUUACCUUUAAAAAUUGUUUAUGAUAUUAAAUUUAAAACACAAACAGCUCUCUCUCUUUUUUUUUUCAUCAUCCAGCCCAAAGUGGCAAAAAGAGCUCUUUUCUCAUUUGGCACCACCAAUAACGCAAGUUAAAAAUAAUGUUGAGUUUAUUAUACUUUUGACCUGUUUAGCUCAACAGGGUGAAGGCAUGUAAAGAAUGUGGACUUCUGAGGAAUUUUCUUUUAAAAAGAACUUAAUGAAGUAACAUUUUAAUUACUCAAGGACUACUUUUGGUUGAAGUUUAUUAUCUAGAUACCUCUACUUUUUGUUUUUGCUGUUCGACAGUUCACAAAGACCUUCAGCAAUUUGCAGGGUAAAAUAGUUGAAGUAGUGGAGUUGAAAUUGAAAUUUAAAAUUACUCUGUAAAUACGAUAGGGAAAGAGGCUGAGCUUAGAAUCUUUUGGUUGUUCAUGUGCUCUGUGCUCAUAUCGUCACACAGGUCAUGUGUUGUCACUCAGGAUUCUGGAAGUACUAAGCCGUAGUUAACAGGCUGGAUAGAUCUUCAGCCAGUCUUCUUCUGGUACACUGCUGCUUUUCUGUUUCUUUAAAAAAAAAAAAAAAAA